UUUCUGAACUAGUCUCUAAAUUAAACAUUUACGUGUUAUCAUUUUACCAAAUUAUUGGGUCACUUCAGAAAUAAUGUUAUGUUUUACACAAGUAACUUACAUACGUAAAAUUUUAAAGAAUUAAAAAGAUUGUAUUUGUUAUCUUUUACAAUAUCUUCAUCUAAAUUUAUAAUGAAAAUUCUUAAAUGCAUUUUGUAGAUUUAUAAUAAUUAUGCACAUGCUGAAAAUUUCAUCGAAAUCGGUUAAUGUUGCUAUGGGCUACAAACUGUUAAAGAUGGUGAAAGCCACAGUUUUUCCCUUUCGGCCUAAAAUCUAAAGAUUCUUACAUCUUUCGAUGCCUAUCGCUUGUCGAUUUCGAUGAAAUUUUCAGAAUGUAUAGCUGUACGUAACGAACAUAAAUCUACUAAGCAUAUUUUUUAAAUUUUCAUUACAGACUUGGAUAAAAGAAUUGUAGAAGGCGAUCUUUACUAUAUUUUUCGCGAUUUUUUACACGUCAUCUAGUAAACUAAUUCUUCUGAUUUCUCAAGAAAGCUUAAGCCAUUCGGUCAAUUAAAAAAAAAUAUUCUGUUUCAACGAGUGUUCAAAUACUUUCAUAUUCAAAGGCAUUAUUAAUUAGUUAGGAUUAUAAAAAAAGUAAGUUGUAAUUUUUUUUAAGAAUAAACAAAAUCUCGAUUAUAAAACAGAUACAAGUGUAUUCUAAUUGAAAAGAUCUACAUUUCAUUAAAUAAUCAUUUAAUAAAAUAAAAAUACUCUUCUAUAUUGAAAGGUUGAUUUGUUUUAUCCAAUUAAAAACUAUGCUAAACUACUAUUGUAUAAAUUUCACGAUAAGUGUUAACGUCGUAAUUUCAGAAUCUCCUUUGAUGAAAACAAUACAAUAGAUUACAAUUUGCAAUGCAAUUAUGUAAAACUGAUUCUGGGUAUUAAAGUUUGAUUAAUAUAACAUACUACUAUUAUACCUAUGCAUAUGUAAUAAUACAGUAGCAUUGACAGUUAUAACUUAACUUAUUGGCUAGACGCCACCGCAAUGUGUUUUCUGCAAUGUGGCGACUACAGUUUAUACAGUUGAGAUAUAGUAUACACUUUAAUAAAUAAUAUUGACCUCGCGUUCGUAACUCUAAAUUAGCUUUGAAUGCAAUCUUUGCAUCUUCCUGUUGCAUAAAUUUGUUCGCGGUAUAUGUAUAUAUGUACAUACGUGCAGCAUAUCUGAGAUUCUAAUCAAUACGCAAGGCUCUGUCACGGAUGUGAUACGAAUUUUGAAACUGAAUUCCAUUAGGAAAGUUUGGAUCUUCCAUCUUCGAGUGAAAAUGGGUGAAUACAUAGUUAUAUUAAUUUUAACAGUAAACUCAAUUACUUUGCGGUGUAUUGCACAGAUUCUUUUAGAAUGAACGCGACGACGACCUACACAGGUGCAACGAGCACUCUGGCUGGAAUUCUUGGCAUCGAGUCAGAAAUAAGAAUGGAUAAAGCGGAAAACUCCUUAGACAGUGAUCUUGAUAUUUCUCCGGUCACUCUAUCCUCCGCAUGGUCCAGAGUGGCGAGACUUCUUUUGUUAGCAUCAAUGGCUGUCGGCGGCAGUGUCGGUAACGUUUUCAUGAUCUCUGCGGUGGUGGUAGAAGAUCAACUUAAGAAACGAGGAAAUGCGUUUCUAGUGAACGUUGCAUUGGCAGAUCUAUUAGUAACAGGCCUUGUAAUACCGGUAUCAGUGAUUGUGAUCCUGGCAGGACAUGAAGAGUCAUUAAGCACAUGCCGAUUUGAAUGUACUCUCGAGGCACUUUGCUUCCUCGUGACGGUGUUGACAUUGGCCACUAUAGCUGCAGAAAAUUAUACUCGUUUGUGUUUACCACCCGAAAGGUAUGCCGUAUUGACAUCAAGCCGUGUAACAGUGACCAUCAUCAGCGUCUGGCUGAUAUCUGUAAUGACGGUAGUUCUGCAAUCAUCGUUGGACGUAGGACCGGACUUCUGCCGUCGCCGAUUCAGUGGGAUAGCCAUGGAACAAAUAAUCGGGGCUACGGUUUUAGUAGGUUUGCCAACUUUAAUGACCACCUUCCUGUACGUAAAGCUGGUGAUUCGAGUCCGACACGCUACCAGAGGUUCCUAUAAGCCACCGGUCGCUUUCUCCUGGGACUACGAACUGACCAAGGCAAACAUGUACAGCUGCGUGAUGUUCGUGAUAUUCUGGCUACCGUUCGGUAUCGUUGUCUGCGUUAACUCCUUCCGACCGAUAAGCGCUCGUGUUCUUUACAAUUUGGCCUGGUUUGCUCUUUCGAAAUCCUGCUUCAACAAUUUACUCUACUGUGUGGCAGACCGGCAUUUUCGCAGCGCCUACGUCAAGCUUUUCCAUUACUGCUGCUGCAAGACUACGGUGAGUUUCUCAAGGAGAACACGAGGGGAUGGUGGCCGAAAUGCCAGCGAUGUACGCCUCAGGGUUCACAUUAUCCAUUCCUAUGCUAGUCCGGGUACCUGUCGCCCUCCUGCGGGUAGACCUAACGGACGUGACGUUUAUGAGCUCUAAAUUUCAACAUCGCGCAUCAUGAUCGGAAUAUUUGGAACAACCUGUGUCCUCGUCGAUACAAUUGAUCGCCGUCCAAUAGAAAACAUUUUUCGAUUUCUGCUCCUGAUCGAGAUGCUUCCAAUUACUGCGAUGUUUUAAGUUGCCCUUUUGUUGUACUGCUGAGAACUAGCACGUCGAAGGCGUGCACUUUAUUUAUGUAAUUUAUUCGUGCAGAUUGUUUUAAUGCGCUUUAAUACAAAUUGUUAAGUGAGGAGGACUGUUUUACGAACUUUGGAUUGAUACAGUAGAACCUUUGUUAUUUAAAUUUAAAAGACAAGAAGAUUUUCUUCUCUAUUCGGAGAAGAAAAUGUUCACAUGUACGUGUUAUACUAUAAAAGAAUAAUAACAGUAAAGAUUGAACAUGUAAAUAUAGUUCAAUAUAUGGCAUUUUUUUUUUUAUUUAAAAAUUGAUGAAUUUGAUAUAAUCUGAUACUUUUGACAAUUAAUCUAUACAUUUCUCAAGAAUAUUUUUUAUGUUAUACAUUUUAUCGGAUUAUAUCAACCUUAUUGCAGAUUAAAGGAUAGGGAAACGUCCAUUUAAUAUCUUUGGCAACUAAUUUAUAUAAAGUUUUUAACAUUCUCGUGUCUUCCAUUAUGGUAAGAUAUUCAUAUUCAGAUUACGUCAAUUGGUUAGUCUUAUAUAUAAUAUCAAUAAUUAAUUUCGUUAAUAUUAAUCACUAUCUUCAAGUGUACUUUUAAUAUUUCAAGAUUUAAUCGUUAAAAUUCAUUGAUUAAAACUCGUUUUCACCAGCAUUAUGUAUGCAUAUGCUACAAUUAAUAUCAAAAUUUGGAUAUCACAGGUUCUACUGUAUGAAUACUUGUAACAGUGCUAUUAUCCAUCCUCUUAUAAUGUUCGAAUAUCGAUGUUUUACAAUCUUCGUUAAAUGAUUCUCGAAUACCUCCUGUAAUUGUUCAACAAUUGCAAUUACCUCAUUUACGUUAUUGUUUUAACGUGUAAUUAUGCCUAUUAUGUCUGUUUCAUAUUUAUUUAUAGCUCUAUGAUGGGUACGUAUAGAGUGUAACUGCAAUGACGUUAUCAGAAAGAUAUUGAGAUGAUUUUUCUUACAAAAAUAAAUCAAAAACGUAGUUUGAAGUUCUUUAUCUUUAGCUUGCUUUCCUAAGAUACUGACUCGUCCAACAUGGUCGAUAAAACAGAAGCAAAAACUGCAUUUAGAAAGAAGAAAAUAAUAUUAGGAAUCCUGCUCUCGAAUAAAUUAAUAAACAAAUAAAAUAUCUAAAAAUGUAUCUUAUGUGAAUUAUUAUCUUUCUCUAUAUACUACGUAUAUAUAUGUCGGGUUGGCGUUAGACUUAGGGGCGUGUAAUGUAUCUUCAUUAGGACAAGCCAUCGUUGUUGUUCAAUGGAGAUUACAUUUGCAAUUAUAUGUACAAAUGUUGAUUUAACAGAGUUUAACAAUUAUACGUGAUGAUUAGACACUCUAGAUGUUAAAGACAAUGUUCUUAGGUUCAAUAACGAAUCCACGGUCAACGGGGAAAACUCUUUGUUCAAUAGAAUAUAUUUUGAAACACAAAGUGACGUUAGCUGUGACGCUCGGUUUCUUUCUGGCAGACUGACAAGACGAUGUGUGUAAACUCCCCAAGGUGAUCACAAGAAUAAAAGACUGAUACGAUCACAUUUGUCAAUUGCAUGUUGACCGGGGAUAUCAACAAAAUUCCAAGCACCGUUACUAGGCAGACCCGCGUAGAGCUGACAUUGCUCCUGUCCGGGGCUUGUUUGUUGAUACAGCAUGUGCCCUUAACAUCGGUACUUCUUCUGUUAGGUAAAAACGUUUAUCCCGUGACCGUGGCUACGUUCGGCGACCAGUCGUGUCAGUUCGAGCCCAAGACCACUGUCGCAAAUCUCGGGCAAACAAUCGGAUCGUAUCGCAACAACUACUUCCAAGUUCUAUUAUUUAAGUAGAGCUAUUAUAAAUAGUUUAAACCAAAGUAUCGGGGAUCUUCCCAAAAUUGCAAAAGAAAGGCCCGAUGUCCCUACAUCUCCGACAUAUAUAUAGAUCUAUACAUCAUGCCGAUAUAAAUCUGUUACGAAUUAUAGACGAAGUACGAUGUAUAGGUAUUAUUUCUAUCUUGUAAUUUCUAUUAACGUUUCUAAUAUCUAUAAACACAGAAACAUUUUAUCAAUUCUUAAAUAAGUAUAUUCUUAUUUAAUGAUUUUCGGAAAGGAAAUACUAUAGGACAAAAUUUCGUUCUACAUGUUUUCGAUUUACUUUUUGCACAAAAAAUGAUCUCAUAAUCGAUUAUUCCAUCAUUGCCGUUACAUUUUAUAUAAUCGAAUGAUGAAAUCUACAGUUUCACAGAAACAAAUCUGUUUAACAAAUCUGUUUAACAAAUCCACCUUUAGCAACAAAUGUUAACACCAAAGUAAUAUGGCUACUAUCACUAUCUAGGCACUAACAGAGAUCUUUGUAUAUUUUAAGUUUCUGCUUUUUACAUAUCUUCCUUCGGCUCAACUUUGUCAAUAUAUUCUGUGGAUAUAUGUAAAUAAAGUUAAAACUGAUAGGGAUAAAUUUAAUUUUUCUAUUGUUCCAAGUGCAUUUUGGUACUGUUUCUUCUACUACACAAAAAUGAUCGAUAUUCUUGCUGACAGUGUGUAAACACAAUUCAAUCGUAAAUUAAUUGUUACAAAGGUAUAUGUUAUUAGUAACUUUUUGAACAGAAUUUAAAUUUGCGUCCAUAAGAUGCUGAUAAGUGUUUCCUCUAAUAAUUAUAUUACAAUUAAUUUGAAAAUUUCGUAAAAUUCAUAUACUAUUAUAUAGCUAUCAUAAAUGUAGUAAAGCGAUAUAAUAAUAUAAAGAGUAGUAUACAUUCACUUAUUUACACAUGUAGUAUAUAUUUAUUUUUACAUGUUAUCUGUAAUUUGUGUAUUGCCACACCUUUACGAUUUUUAUGAAUUUCAUAAACAUUUAGUUAUAACUUAUCGAUAGAGCUUCAAACGACCUAAUUAUAUCUAUAACAUUUUUUUCUUAUUUGUAUUCAUAGAAUAUAUUGACAAAUUUUGUUUGAAAAAAUCUGGAACACUUUGUGUAAAUAUUGUCCAAUCGUUGACAGAAAUCGGGCUAAAGGGAAGUAGAAGAGCGCCAUGUCUGAUACCGGCAUCGAAAGAAUAUAAAUAAAAGAUUACUACUGACACUGAAACAGGCAAUCGCCGUCCAUUGGAAAUUUUUUCCCGUUGUCACUCUGGUACUAAGGGAAUGUUUCCAUCUUUCGUCUAUAUUCUUCCAGUUGUGUUCUUCCAAGGACUGUCUGUUUUGACGAAACGUUCAUCGUGAUUGCUUCUUAAACGAUAAUUAUCGUGACCUGUCAUAACCUCCUUCGUAUACACUUAAUAUCAAUUUAUUCGUGAAAGAGAAUCUCUAUAUUAAUACAAAAACAGAAGGUUUUUAAUUUUUUACAUGAACUUACAACAUAGAAUAUCUAUUUUUUUUACGUGAUGCAUUUUAUAUUCUGUUAGCGUAACUUCUUUCCAUUCUUGGACCCCUUUGCAUAAUGAUUUACUGAUUAACGAUAUUAGUGAAUUGAUAAGCGACAAGAUUUACGUUACGGACUUGUUUCUCCUAAUUUUACAAUUUUAUUAAUUAUGAAAUAUGAAUCAAAUACAUACUUUCUUACAUAGAAUAAUCGAAUGAUUUAACAUUCGUAAAAUUGAUUUGUAAAAUUUAUAGGUUAGAUUUCUUUUUUAUAAUUUUACAAUUUCAUUAAUUCUCGCAUAUAAAAAUAAAUAUAAUGAAAUAAAAUAAUCGGAUGAUUUGUAAUUUGUAAAAUUUUGAUUGUUUACGUAAAACUAUUGAUAAUUUAAAACUUGUACCUUGUAAAAUUUCACUAAUGAUACUAAUUCAAGAUGAUUGUGCAAAGGGGUCAACGUUCGUGCGUAAGGAUUGAGAUUCAACAGAUUUAGCGCUAUAUAAAAUGCUAUUCCAUGAUAUAAAAUUGAUUACUUCCUAUAAGACUAUGUUAAUGCUAAACUAUAAUAUCCUGUUUUUUGAGAACAAUAACAAACAAAUUGAACUGAAAUAGGAAUAUAGCCAACAACAAAAGUUGCAAGAAAAUAAAUACUUCUCUAUCGUCUUAGAACUACCAAAAUGGCGCAUUCCAAUAUUUUUAUUCUUACAAUUACUAAAACUAUAGAAUUGUUUUUGACUAAAUUAACGUUGACUUUUAUUAAAAUGAAAACAUGAUUUCAUACAGCCAUUUAUUUUCAUUAUGUAACUGUUAUUAAAAUCAUCUAUGUUAUCUAUAUAUACAUAGUGGCAUUUCUUAUGUUUUAACAUUCUAUGGAAUUAGAUAUGAAAACACGAUAUUACUCAUGGAAUAAACCAAUAUAUAUUUAAAUAUUAUAGAUUGGUAGACCCUAAUGCUAAUCAGGAAAGAUUUCAAUAACAAUCUUUUAAAGAAAUAACGUUUCUACCUUUGGAACAUUAAAAAUAUCGGUUAAGCAGAGGUUUCUAAGCUCCUAUAGAAAAUGAUUAUCUCGAAACGCGUUGUAUGUAAAGAUCGAUAUCAAGCAUUAACCUUUUCGCUUCGGGUGCCGCUUAUAGGCGGCGCCGGCUAGAUGAUCUGCGGGUACGGCUGCCGCUUAUAGGCGGCGCCGGCUAGAUGACCUGCGGGUACGGCUGCCGCUUAUAGGCGGCGCCGGCUAGAUGACCUGUGGGUACGGAUGCCGCUUAUAGGCGGCGACUACGUGACGAUCGGCACUCCAUAUAUCAGGCAUACACCAGUGCCAUCUGUACUCAAUAAUAUAUUUUUUCGUUACCGGCAGAACAUUUUCUGUUGAUUUUAUUGAUAUAUUGGAUUAAUCGCUUUUUAAAUUAUACUUAUCAUAUUGGAGCAAAGAUUGUUUUAUUAUUGUUUUAUUCAGCACAGUUGUUAUUUAAGACUUAGGAAAACAUUUAUACAACAAUCACGCCACUGUGCGCAUUUGUGGCGCGCGCCUCCGUACAAGGAGAGCGCUUAGGCGGACUGGACUGCCGAAGCGAAAGGGUUAAAGAUCUAAACUGCACGGUUUCUUGAUAAUAUCCUAAUACUCCAAUGGAGUCACAAUGGAAGUGGUUAGUCGUGUAGUAAACUCACGGUACAGCAGCAAUUUACGUUGAUAUAAUUUAAAGCCUACUCCUCGGACAGUUUAAGUGCAAUUCAAGUAAGAAGGUGUUCUCCAAACGUUAAAUCUGAAAUUAUGAUUAAUACAUCGCGCUAAGCUGUUGGAGAAGUAGAGAUUGAUGGUGCUCUUUAGAUAAGCAUAUAGUAAAAGCUUCGUAUGUUCUCGUAUUCUCGUGCCAUUUCCCUCGCGUAAUGCAGCUAAACUGUUCCAGGUAAAAUCAAUUGCCACAGCGGAACGCGCAGGGCAAUAUUAUUCCGACUUUUUAUUUCUGAUUCUGCGUAUAAAUUGAAUGUAAAAUUUAUCUAAUUGAAGUUUAUGGAUUUAAACGAUUAUAAAUGACAAUAUAGUUCAUUACUAAAAAUCCCAAUUGAAAAAUGUACAAUAAUUCCUAUUAGCUUUUAGUAGUAUUAAUUAACAUUGAGUUAAUGCAAUAAUAUGCUGUAAUCGUAUUAUUCUUAUGAACAUAUAAAAAAUUUGCAGUUGAAGCAUUCAAGCAUUAGAAAAAUUGUGAAAAGUACGAUAUAUGCAAAACUAAUUUUUUUUAUGUGAGAAACUUUUCCAACUCAGAUAGUCACGCUCCACGCUAGAGACAUACAAAAUCGUCAACUAAAUGGAUAUUUCUUUCUCCUAAAUUAUACACAUAUUGUGUGUAUGUAUAUAUAAAGAAGAUUAAUUUUAUUAGAUCAUCCUGAAAGUUUCCACAGUUUUAGAUAAUUCAUUUAAAACGAAGAUAAGGAACUGGACAUUUUUACCUAAAAUUACAUCCAUAAUUCAUUUAUUUACUUUUAUAAAUACAUCUUUGUUUCCAAAAUUAUUCCUCGUGCAAAAAAAAAAAAAAUCAAACCAUUAAGAGACAGAAACUGUAGAUUGAACUGUUAAUCGAACCAUUAAAAGAUGUUUUCUAUAUUAUUAUAUUGUCUAUAUUAUUAUUACAUAAUA